UUAAACUUUAGUAUUUAAACUAAACCCAGGAAACACUGAGCAUCAAACCUAAAAUGAUUCCCACUGCAACUACUGGAGUGAUUUUUGUUCUUCUUUUAGCAGUUGUGAUCGCCAGGCCACAAGCGCCCACUGCUGCCAGUGAAGAUGCUAAAUAUGCUUACAAAGGUCCUUUAUUUAAACCUGAAGAUCCAAAUGUUUAUGUUUAUGAUCCUAAUAAUCCUAACAAGGCCUGGAAUUAUCCUGUAAAUACUGACGCUGCUCCUGCUGUAUCUGUAGCUAGAUCUGCUGCUCCCAAUGCCGGAAAUAAAGCAGCUCGAGCAAAUAUUCGAACCAUCCAACUCCGACAAAGCUCUGCUCCUGCUCUGCCAGUAGUCCAGCAGUUCCCAGUAGUAGCUAGUGCGCCAUUCCUUCCUCAGUUUCCAGUAGCAGCUAGAGCACCGGCUCUUCCUCAGUUUCCAGUAGCAGCUAGAGCACCGGCUCUUCCUCAGUUUCCAGUAGCCUUCAACUCUCAGCCUGUCGUAUUUAGGUCUCCAGCGAGUACCUCCCCUGCCAUCCAACCCUUCACAGCCUUCAAUCAUUAAAAUAACAAUUUAUCAAUUGUUAUCAUUUUUAUUUAACUAUCGAAUGUCUGAAUUAAAGCAUUUCAAAGUUACACACAUUUGUUAGAGUUUAAUAACCACCUGUUCUGAAUAGCUCACAAUUGUUUAGCUGGACAUAUAUCAGUGUAAAAAAGCGACCAUUGCAGUUUUCUUUGAAUUGUUAAAAUUGUUAUGUUUCUUUUCGUAUAAUAAAUAAAACCUAAAACAAGU